GGCGGUUCUUAAGAAGGGAUACGCGUAGCAGCACACAUACAUACAAACUCGCAUAACUUAUUCCCUCUUGCUGGUCAAAAAUGUCGUUUCUUGUGCUCUUUGGAGCACUUCUUCUCAUUCAGACUUCUGAGCAGAUGGUUCAAUGCAGGUACACGAAGAAUUUGACAAAUCGAGCAGAUGGAGGAGAUGAGCACUGUCUAUUCUACUAUCUUCUCAACAAGGAAUACGAGAAAUCUGGCAGCGUACACUCACUAAGCGCAUAUCCUCCAAAUUCCGACGAAAUGACGAUUACUAUAGAAAAUGUGCUUGUCAAAUACGUGGAAUUGGUGAAAGGAUCUAGUUAUCAAUUCAACGUUUUUGGAGAUAUUUAUCUGAACUGGAAAGAUGAGCGUAUGAAGUGGGAUAAGAAAGGCGAAUUCGAGAACUAUGAACACUUGUACAUUUUCAAUUCAAGUGCCAUUUGGACACCUCAUGUGAUUGAUCACACACUCUGCUCUGAAGGUGGUUGUUCUUAUUCAGUCGAUGACGUUGAUAUCUAUGACGAUGGAACAAUCUACGCGAGAAUUCAAUUCAAAUAUCUUGCAAGUUGUACGGUGGAUUAUAGGAAAUUCCCUGAAGAAGACGACAGCUGCUGCAUCUUCUUCACCGCCUUCGAGCCGAACGUGGAGCAAACCACGCUUGUGCUCGAAGGAAAGGAAAAAGAGAAAAUGAAUCGACCUGUCUACGCGCAAAAGAUCUAUGAAAAAGAAAAACAGCUCAGUGAUAUUGUUCAAGAACACUCCCCAUGGGUAGUUGUCGAGAAAACGAUGAGCACUUCGAAUCUGGGAGGGCUAAAAAGCUUGCAAGUUAUGCAAGUUUGUGUUCGAGCUGAAAAGCAGAUGAGCACUGUCCGUGUUGCUCUUUUAUUCCCGGUUACGCUGGCGACAUAUGUGAUGCUGGCCUCACCUCUCUUCGGAGAUCUUCGCACACAAAUCUAUGUGAAGCUCUUCUCCCUCCAUAUUCAAACAUUAUGCUUUCUCUACCUUUGCACCAUAACUCCAUUGAACGGUUUUCUUGGAGUCAGACCACGAAUUUACAUUUUCUACGAACUGAUCUUUACAAUCAGCUUUAUGAGCAUUCUGGUAACGCUUGUAGUUAUGGCUCUCAGUCGUGUCAAACGAAACGUCCCACCAUCUCAUCGGCUAUUCCUUUCAGCGAAAUUGAUAAACCGAGUUGUAUGCUGUAUUGAGCCGGAAAGAAGUGAUGCUUAUCAUCGCUACGUGGAAGAGGACACUCCGGAAAGCCGAACUACAAGCGAGCUCGACUACACUCAGGAUUGGCGGCACAUCUAUUUGGCUAUGAACAACAUGUUCUCGGCUUUGAUGUUCUCCGUUUUUCUCUUCAUGACUUUCUUGGAAUUCUUUUAGAACGCGGAAAGUUUUAAACUUGCUUAUCAUCAUUUUAAAAUUUUUUUGUUCACCACCUGAGCCUACGCACUGUAAAAAAAUCUGUCAAUCUGUCCUGUUUUCCACGCCUUAUUUUUAUACUUCAAACUUGAUUUAUACAAACUUUCCAUUCUCUCCCGUACCGGAAAUUUCUGUCCCAUUGUGAUGCCUACGUAUCUGUAAUAUUUUUUGCGAUAAAAUUUUUAAAAUAA